ACUAAGGAUCUUACCUUAUACAACAGCUCACACCUACCUCUACUAACACCAUGAGCUACUACAGCGGCUACUACGGAGGUCUGGGCUACGGCUAUGGUGGCUUCGGAGGCCUGGGCUGUGGAUGUAACAGCAUCCGCAGACUGGGCUAUGGCUCUGGCUUUGGAUAUGGCUCUGGCUUCAGAGGCUUCGGAGGCUUCGGAUAUGGCUCUGGCUAUGGAGGCUAUGGCUAUGGCUCUGGCUUCGGAGGCUAUGGAUAUGGCUACCGCCGCCCUUCCUGCUGUGGAAGAUAUGGGUUCUCCAGCUUCUACUGAAAUCCUGUUCUAGUUACUCAGCAUUUGAUACCUUCACUAGUUGUUUUGAGAAGUCCUAGCCAAGAAGCUUUGAUGGUGCUAAGACAACUGAAUGCAUCAAAUUCUACAAUUUUAAAGACUCCAUUUAUAAAAUGUGUCUGCAUCCUAAGUUUGGGGACUGAGAGUGGGUUUAUGUUUAAUUGCCACUAAAUGAUUCA